ACUAUCUCACAAUUUUUACUCACACCAUGUUUUAUAAAAAUAAUAUUUUUUUCCAGCAUGGCAUUAGUUUACACCACCACAAAGCUAUCAGAUCACACACCAACUCUCCUUUUGUCUUGUUUCUCUCAAGAGCUUCUACAGCAACCCUCUCCGAGCUUAACUCACUUGAAGUGCGUGUUAUGUAUGUUGCACUGAACUUUCUCUUCCCAUUUCCCUUGGUGUCGGUCGGUAAAGAGGACAGCAUCUCGAUCGGCGCUGCACGGCAAGAGGUUUUUUCGGGUCAAGUUGUAACGAAAAGUAAAAGUGUUCCAAAGCAACAAUAAGAAAAGCUAUGGUAGCGUGUACGUGUAUCUUUUGCAGUGCCCUCUUUAUUCCUCCAGUUUACAUUAAUGGCCUUAAAAAAAUGAUUACCAACGAGGCUUAAUUGAACGAGAGAUCCGUACGUAGACAUCUAUUUGGUUCGGUCUCAUACACAUAAGCGUUGGUGCUAUCUUGCUCUAUACCGACCGCCGAUAAAGUGACCACGGCGUGGAUUCAAUCAACCACAUUCGGAUGCCAGCGAACGGCACGAACCCAGCUCACAGCCAAAGUCCUCCACAUUCCUACGUAAACAUUCGCGCGAACCGUUCACGCCGCGCUCUGCUUAUCAGCCGACCAGCUCAAUGUGAGAUUGUAAGCGUGUAUACAAGAACAGAUGUUUGGACAAGGGCCGGGCAUGUUUGAGUAAUAGUAGUGUCUUGAAACAAAUCGCACUAUCAAUCCAGCCAGCGUUUGAUUCGUACGCCACAGUCCCAGUGCAUCACGCGUGAAGUUUUUUACAGUAUGAUCUGAUGAUUUAGAGUCAACAUCCACAUCCGCAUCCACCAACAGCAGCAACAAUCAUCCUAUCAUGGGUACCGAUACAGCUAUUGUGGUCGAGAACACUAAAACGGUUUCCGCUCCAUCAACGACGCUCGAGUUCCAAGAUGUUUGUUACCAUGUUCGUCAUAAAGAUGGGAAGAACAAGCAACUGUUGAGCAAUGUGUCGGGAGCGUUUCGAUCUGGUCGUCUUGCUGGCAUUCUAGGACCAUCCGGGGCAGGAAAGUCUACGCUUCUUAACAUUCUUAGUGGUUUCAAAACGAACAAUGUUUCUGGUAACAUCCUCAUCAACGGUACCCAGAUUGACCGGCGGAAAUAUCGUCGCGAGGUUUCGUACACACCGCAGGACGUGUGCCUGCUUGGCAACAUCACCGUCACCGAAAGUUUAGAAUUUGCGGCCGACUUAAAACUCUCACGCGACAUAACGAUGGUGCAGAAAUCCAGCAUGGUAGUGGAUGUGCUGAAGCUGCUUGGACUCUCCAAAUGUGCCAACAAUGCGGUAGCAAACAUAUCCGGUGGCGAAAAGAAGCGUCUAUCAAUCGGACUGGAGUUGAUCUCCAAUCCGAAGAUUAUGUUCUUCGACGAGCCAACAAGCGGACUGGACAUAAUAGCCGCCAUGCAGGUGGUAGCCCAUUUAAAGGAUCUGGCGGCGAGUGGUCGUUGUGUGAUUUGCGUCAUACAUCAACCAAGUUCGAGCAUCUUGCAAAUGUUUGAUGAUCUGUACGUACUGUCCGAGGGACACUGUUUGUAUCGCGGACCGCUCAGCGAACUGGUGGACACGUUUAAAGGCUGCGGUUUUGAGUGUCCCAAUUACUACAACCGUGCCGAUUUUGCACUGGAAAUUGCGAGUCUCAAACACGAAGGGAACUUGCUGCAGUUACGAGAACGCGCUAAACAGCAAGCGAUUAGUGACGUAGCUGAGAAAGCGGUACCGAACGAAGGAUCAAAUUGCGAUGAGAGCGAUACUAUGCUAAAACCCGAGGCUGAGUAUGAAGAUUCGCAAAACAGUACGAGUGAUAGUUCGGGAUCUGCAACCGAUCGUCAGUAUCCAACCUCAGAAUGGGGACAGUUUGUGACCCUUACUCGGCGCACUAUGUUGUGCACGUUUCGAGAUCUGCAACUGACCAAAAUGCGAUUGCUGGCACAUCUGUUCGUUGGAUUACUGAUCGCCGUUGUUUUCUACAACGUGGGUAAUGAUGGUGCGAAGGUGCUCAGUAAUGCUUCAUGUCUGUUCUUUUUCCUUAUAUUUGUGUUCUUUGCCAACUCGAUGCCGUUAGUAAUGACAUUUCCACUGGAAACGUCGGUAUUCGUUCGCGAAAGAAUGAACAACUGGUAUUCACUUAAGGCCUAUUACUUCUCCAAAUUGGUAGCGGACUUUCCAUUUCUGAUACUAGGACCCUCCGUAUUUUUGGCCGGUGCCUACUACUUAACUUCCCAGCCAAUGGAAAUCGAUCGCAUCGUGAUGCUGUGGACCAUUUGCAUCUUUACCAGCUGGAUCGCGCAAAUGACAGGACUGUUGGCGGGAAGUGUGCUACCGCUGGAGCUGAGUGUCUUCUGCGUGCCAUGCUCGGUCAUUCCGAUGCUUAUCUUCUGCGGAUUUUUUGUGCGUUUCCGCGAAAUGUUCGAUUUUCUCAUUCCGUUCACGUACGUCGCUUACUUCCGGUAUAGCUUCGAGGGUGCGAUGCAAGCAAUCUAUGGGUUCGAUCGCCCGAAUCUACCUUGCUCGGGCGAUUUCUGCUACUUCAGUAAGGUACCCAAGUUUCUAGAAAGCUUUGACAUGCUGGAAAACACGUUCGUGAUGGACGUUUGCGGAUUGCUCGGAUGGAUCUUUCUGCUGCACGUGGCGCUGUACGCAAGCCUUGCGUGGAGAUUGAAGAGAACCCGAAAGCACCUGCUGCGUAAUAUCUCGGGCACCCUCAAGUCUGGUAGACUGACAGGAAUUCUUGGACCAUCUGGUGCCGGUAAAUCGACACUGUUGAAUAUACUCAGUGGUUUCAAAACUCAAGAUGUUAGUGGAAAAAUAUUGAUCAACAAUGAAACGGUCGAUUGCCAUAAGUAUCGCCAACUAGUCGCCUACACUGAACAGGACGUACCAUUACUGCAGAAUCUCACAGUCCGAGAAACGCUCCACUAUGUGGCGGAUCUUAGGCUUUCUAAGAACGUUUCCUACAUCCACAAGACAAAGAUCGUUAAUGAUAUCGUAGCCCUGCUGGGGCUGCAAAAGUGCUCCCAUAGUCAAACGCGAACAUUAUCCGGAGGUGAACGGAAGCGACUCUCCAUUGGGUUGGAGCUAGUGUCGAACCCGAAGAUUAUGUUCUUUGACGAACCCACCAGUGGAUUGGAUAGUGUAGCAUCAUAUCAGGUGAUCUCGUAUAUGAGAGAUCUUGCCCGACAGGGUCGGUGUGUCGCCACCGUUGUACAUCAGCCAAGUUCUGAGCUGCUCGAGCUAUUUGAUGAUGUCUAUAUCGUGGUGGACGGAAGGUGUAUGUACCAGGGAUCGUUAGACGAUCUAAUACCAACGCUAGAGGAGGUCGGAUUCAGUUGUCCUCCGUACUAUAAUCGAGCCGAUUUUGUGCUAAAAAUAGCGUCUCAGAGAACUGACGACCUCGACAGUGUGGAGAAACUGAUAGCGCGAGCUGAUACAGCCAUCAACGGAUAUUUAGAGAAUGAUACUACCAAUAUGCAAGAAGGUACCAAUCUGCUGACAGAGAGUAAAGCCGCUUCCCAAUAUCCCAUCGCUUGGUGGAGGCAGUUUGUGGUUCUGGUUCGUCGAACGGCUUUGUGUACCGUUCGGAACAUCACCCUCACACGGUUCCGUCUGCUAGGCCACCUGCUGUUCGGGCUUCUGAUCGGUAGCGUGUUCUACAACGUGGGAGAUGACGGUGCCAAAGUGUUAUCUAACGUGUCCUGUCUCAUUCUCUUCCUCAUGUUUAUCGUGUUCGCCAACGCAAUGACGGUGGUGUUGACGUUCCCACUCGAGAUGGCCGUGUUUGUGCGAGAGCACAAGAGCAAUUACUAUCCAGUGUCAGCUUACUACUUUUCGAAGCUUAUUGCCGACUUUCCGCUGAUGCUUGCCGGUGUAAGCUGUUUCCAGUUGAUCGUGUACUAUCUGACGGGACAACCAAACGAAACCGAGCGUGUAGUGCUGUUCUGGGUCAUCUGCGUACUGUUUGGAUGGUUAGCACAAAUGUACGGCAUGGUGGCUGGCAGUAUGUUCCCGCUCGACGUCAGCCCGUUCGUCGUACCGGCUUCGGUCAUCCCGGCGGUAAUGUUUUCCGGUUUCUUCAUCCGCUACAAUGAACUGUUAGCCGUGUUUAAACCACUCACGUACGUCAGUUACUUUCGGUACGGGUUUGAAGGUUUAGCGCAAGCAACGUACGGUCUAAAUCGUACGCAGCUUGGAUGUAGCGAAAUGUUUUGCUACUAUCGGAAAACAAGCAAAGUGAUGGAAAUGUUGCAGAUGGAACAGGACCGUUACUGGUACGAUGUGGUGGGUUUGGCGGUGUGGAUAGCCGUCCUGCACAUUCUGCUGUACGUCAGCCUGAAAACAAAGCGGCUUAUAUCACAAAGCGUCUACAUCAGAGAACCGUGUGCAAGUGAUCUGUUGAAAGUAUCUAGAAUUGUGAACGCUCCCUAUCGCCGGGCUUUUGCAUACGAUAGAAGUAUCUUACACGCUAAAAUGGAUGUAGAUAAGAAUAGCGUCGAGAUAACGAUACCGCUGAUGCAAGGCGGUACGAAUCUUCAUUUCCAAAAUAUCACGUACCAAGUGCGACAAAGGAAAGAGAACAAGCAGCUGCUGAAGAACAUUUCUGGCACCUUUAGAACCGGACGACUAACCGCCAUCUUGGGACCAUCGGGUGCCGGCAAAUCGACACUGUUGAACGUACUCAGUGGCUUCAAAACGCAGGGCGUUAGCGGGAACAUAAUUGUCAACAAUGAAAUCAUCGACCGUCAGCGUUAUCGGCAGUUGGUUGCAUACACCGCACAGGAUGUGACCCUUUUACCCAACAUAACGCUUCGGGAAAAUUUGCACUACGCUGCCGAUUUGAAGCUUUCCCGUGACGUUUCCCUGGCGCACAAGGUCAAGAUCGUGAACGAUGUGAUAUCACUGCUCGGGUUGCAGAAGUGCGCCCAUAACCAAUCACAGCUUUUGUCCGGUGGUGAGAAGAAGCGGCUUUCCAUCGGAUUAGAGCUAGUUUCGAAUCCGAAGAUUAUGUUUUUCGACGAACCGACCAGUGGGCUUGACAGUGUGUCAUCGUACCAGGUGAUUUCGUAUAUGAAAGAUCUUGCCCAGCAGGGACGCUGUGUGAUAAGCGUCGUCCAUCAGCCGAGUUCGGAACUGUUGGAGUUGUUUGACGACAUUUAUGUGGUGGUAGAUGGACGCUGUAUGUAUCAGGGAUCGUUGGAUGAUUUGAUUUCGACAUUCGCUGAGGCCGGAUUUAACUGUCCACCGUAUUACAAUCGAGCAGAUUUCGUAUUAAAAAUAGCCGCCCAAUACGACACAAAAUGCGGCGAGGUGGAAAAGCUAAUGGUGAAGUCGGAAAAGUCCAUUACUGCUGCCAUGAAUUUAGGUGUACAGCAAGAGUUCGAUUCGAGCGAGUUUCUAGUCGAUGGACGCGGUCCUCAGUAUCCGAUUAGCUGGUUGAACCAAUUUACCACACUUGUCCGCCGCACUACAUUGGGUACAGUGCGCAACCCGUCGCUGAUGGGGUUACGAUUUUUCGGACACGUUUUGUUCGGGCUAACGAUCGGAUUCGUGUUCUACAACAUUGGUAACGAUGCAUCCAAGGUGCUUUCGAAUAUCUCCCUGCUGAUCGCCUUCUUAAUGUUUAUCAUCUUCGCCAAUGCCAUGACAGUUAUUUUAACAUACCCACUAGAAAUGGCUGUAUUUGUGCGGGAACACAAAAGCAAUUACUAUUCCAUUUCGGCGUACUAUUUCUCCAAGCUCGUAGCCGAUUUCCCGUGGAUGCUGUCCGGUGUGACGGCUUUCCAGCUGAUCAUGUACUAUCUCAGUGGUCAACUGAAUGAAACCGAUCGCAUCAUAAUGUUCUGGGGCAUUUGUGCAUUGUUUGGGUGGCUUUCGCAGGUGUACGGACUGAUCGCUGGGUGUCUGUUCCCGAUCGAGGUUAGCCCGUUUAUCGUACCGGCAUCCAUUAUUCCGGCACUGCUGUUUUCCGGGUUUUUCAUACGCUAUAACGAGCUGUUCGACUUCUUCAAACCACUCACGCUGGUUAGCUACUUUCGCUAUGGAUUCGAGGGACUCGUACAGGCAACGUACGGUCACAACCGGACGGAGUUGGGAUGUGAGGAGAUCUUUUGCUACUAUCGCAAGACGAGCAAAAUUUUGGAAGCACUCCAUAUGGAACCUGACCGCUACUGGACGGAUGUGCUCGGGCUUGGCAUCUGGAUUCUGUUUCUCCACAUUGUGUUGUAUUUCAGCUUGCGUUUACGGCUACGAUGGAACCGCUAAGAUCAACAGGGUGCGCAACCUGUAGUUGAACGAAAGAAAACUCCACCGCAUUUGCAAAGUAAAUCCCAAAUAGAAUCGUCCAGAGUAUCUGAAUGAUUUUGUCAUUCAGCGCUGAUGUAUAGCUGAUAAUAAGAAUCAGCCCAAUGCACUGCUAGGCAGGUAGGUGUAACGCGGAAUAUUUCAUAAUAGUUGCGCUGCAACACACGAUCGUAUUUGCACAAUUGCAAAGUGUUGUUUCAUCGCCUGCUGGCGAACGGUAGCGUAGGUAUGAGUGAAUAAUUUGUAGAAUAUUAACAAAGUCACCAUUGUUGACUAUUCGGAAAGGAAGAGAAUGGGAAGGCAAUAGAACGCGGUUGGAAUAAAACGUUUUCUUAUCCAGCCCACAUGUUAAAUUGUCGCCUGUUGGUUAACUUUACGAGCAGCUUUUAAUCAGAGCUUCUUAAGCUGGUGGUAGAAUUAUCAAGAAUAAAUUCUUGUUAUGAAUAAUUCAUACUUCAUACGAAAA